AUGGCCGAAAAUCAAAAUGCCUAUUACUAUUCAGGCGGUGACGGAAAUGACACACAACCUCGCCCUACUUUACCCAGAACUAGAUCUGUCGUUGGACCGAGACCACUUCCUGGUGGUUCCAACAGCUAUUCAAAGGAAUCGAGAGAUGCUUCUUACCAACAACAAAAACAAUAUAUUUUUGCUAAUGUUUCUGAAUAUGAUCCUGCUCCAGUUCAAAACUAUACCCCACAAAAUUUUAUACCUCCUCAACAAUAUAGGUUAGAUCCUUCCGAUCAACCUUUUCCACCUUUAGUUUCACCAAAACCACAAAAACCAAUACCUACUGUAACAAAGGACAUUUCGAAUGCUUUAGAAACGCAAUAUCCAGGUGUAAAUGAAUAUGAAAUACAAUAUAUUCCUACAACUUCUGACACUCCAAAAAGUUGGUAUAAAGGUGAUGAUGAAAAGUUGAAUUUAGCUUCGGAUCAAAAUCAAAGUCCUCAACCACAAAAUAACACAGAGUCGCGGUCAAAUAUUAUAAUCGCGUCUCAAGAAAGUCAAAUUUAUCAGUUACAUCAGGGCACAAAAGAAUUACCUUCCCAAGAUAAUCGUAGUAUUAUUUCGAAUAAUCAAAAUAAUCAAAAUAUAAAUAAUAAUCAAUCUUAUCAACCUUCUAAUAGCCCACUAAAUCAACGACAACUUGAUCAAAUUCAAACCCAUCCACAGCAGUACUCACAGCACCCACAUCAAACUUAUACGAUUUGUUUUAUUCAUAUUACAGAUGGUCCCCAUCAACAAAGUCAACAAUCAACUCCACCUUCUUCUAUACAUAAUACACCUAGACAAUCUUUAUCUCAGAGU